AGGCGCCGCCGCGGUGAGCGCGGGUCCAGCUCGGUCUCGGGGGCACGCGCCGAGGCGCGGGCUGGGAUUGGAAGCGGGGUCCCGCUCCAGCGGGAGCGCUCGGCACACGUGCGGCGGGGCGGGGCCGGGCUCUGAGCCCGCCCGGCACCGUAGCCGAGCAGAGCCCUGAAUGAAAACCGUGUCUCGGCUGAGUCGGCUCCCCACCGGCCCCUCCUGGCGCAGGGCUGGAUGCAAGCGAGUUACCCCCUCACGUGCGGCGCUGAUCCCGCCGUCUCCGCCGCCCUCCCCCGGGUGGGGCUGGCGUUUCCCCCGGCUCAGGAGCGCCUUUCGAUGGCAUUAAUCCGGAGCAGUAAUCAGGCGCUUCCUGGAACACGUCUCCGGGGGCAGAUAAUCCCGGGCCAAGCUGUCCCUAGAGGAGAUUGCCUCGCUCGGGGGCGGGAUCAACCGGCUGCCGCGGAUCAGCGGGGUCACUUCUGAGCCGGCGAGUCUCCCAGCCAUGAGGGGCUGCUGGGGGAGCGGCGAGCUCACUCCCGCUAAGCGGUUUAUCUCCCGGCAGAUGUUGUCAGGCUCCCAGCCAGCGCCGAUCAUUGGCGGAGGGAGAGGCCGAGAGGCCCGGGGAACGGGAAACACCUCUCGCUCGGGGGGAAGAGGAGGGGGCUUGCACUGGUGACUGGCACCCUCCGCCUUGCACCAUGCGGCGGGAGUGAAGAGUUUGCACGGCGGCGUCUCGCCUCAGCAGGGGAGCUCCGGACCCCAGCUGAGGGGAGCUUGGCAGCUGGAGUGGAGGGAGUUUGACUCCGAUCGCCCCCUUUUCCUCUCACACCCUCUGCUGUUUUCGCUGCCACGCUGGGGCAGCGCUUGCCGGUGGUCUAGGGAGAGAUGGCGAAAAUCAGGGUGUCUUACGAGUACACAGAAGCCGAAGACAAAAGCAUCCGGCUCGGCUUGUUCCUGAUCGUCUCCGGCAUCGUGUCGCUCUUCAUCCUGGGUUUCUGCUGGCUCAACCCCGCUUUGCAGGAUUUGCAAGGCAAAGCUGCCAACUGCACGGUGCUCUCGGUGCAACAGAUCGGGGAGAUGUUUGAAUGCACGUUCACGUGUGGCACGGAUUGCAAGGGCACCUCGCUGUACCCCUGCCUCCAGAUCUACGUCAACAACUCGGAGUCCAACUCCAGGGCGCUGCUGCACCAGGACGAGCACCAGCUCAUCACCAACCCGAAGUGUUCAUACAUCCCUCCUUGUGAAAGAGAAAAUCAGAAGAAUUCUGAAAUUGUCACACACUGGCAGGAAUACUGGAAAGUGGAAGUGGGUUCACAGCCAUUUACGUGUUAUUUUAACAAGCAUCUAAGACCAGAUGAUGUGCUGCUUAGGCGUACCCACGAUGAGACGGUCCUCUUGCAUUGCUUUCUCUGGCCUCUGGUUACUUUCCUGGUAGGAGUCCUAAUUGUGGUCCUGACAAUCUGUGCAAAGAGCUUGGCCGUUAAAGCUGAGGCAAUAAAAAAGAGGAAACACUCAUAAAUGGAAAAGUCACUGAAGGAAAGGGAAAAAGUUGUAAGAAAGUCGAAAGUGGCAAAUUGGACGCACCUACAUGUCUAGGGCACCCAGACAGGCCCGUUGCCAGGGUUUUGUCAAGCUUUGGUGUUGCUGAUGCCUGAGGAUUAUUCUUGGGGGACAGCUUUAUGAAAUGUCAACUAAUUGCUUCUUCUGCUAUGACAGUAAACAAGAAUAUUCCACUAAAAGAUUCUAAACUGCACCAAAUAUGCUGUACUGUAUUAGACUAAACUUGAACAAUGGCUAGUUUAUCCAGGUCUUAGUUGUACUGAGGGACGAUAUCAGAAAACCCGAAAGGUGGUGAAUUUCAUCUUUGCAAAACAAUCUUUGUUGUUAGUAUUUGGUAUUCAAUAUUUAAAAUAUUAUUUACUUUAUCAUAGACUGUAUUUCUGAAAUAAUAAAGGAUGGUGGUUUUGGUUUUUA